AUGGAAGCAUCAAAGGUGAUAGAUACUCCCAUUGCUACUGCCACUCGACUGGACAUGGGUGAAACUGGAUCUCCUAUGAAUCAAACCAUGUAUAGAGGCAUUAUUGGGUCUCUCCUCUAUCUCACUGCCAGCAGACGUGAUAUUGUUUUUAGUGUGGGGCUGUGUGCAAGGUUUCAAUCAAAUCCCAAGGAAUCUCACUUGAAGGUUGCCAAAAGAAUACUAAGAUAUCUCAAAGGAACACAGGACCUGGUGUUGUAUUAUCCGUCAGAUGAUAGUUUUAAUCGGAUUAGGUAUGCUGAUGCAGAUUAUGCAGGUUAUCUUGUGGACAGGAAAAACACUUCGGGAAUGACUCACUUCUUAGGUCCAUGUCUUAUCUCUUGGAGAACAAGGAAGCAAAAUUCAGUGGCUCUUUCAACAGCUGAAACUGAAUAUGUAGCUGCAACAUCCUGCUGUACUCAGCUUUUAUGGAUUAAGCAACAACUGGAGGACUUUGGGGUACUCACUGAGAGUGUGCCCCUUCUAUGUGUGAACACGCAUGAUGAAUAUAGAAGCUGUAGAUGCAGUGCAUGA